AUGGAGAUGACCCAAGGUUCUUAUGCACAGCAGCUUCUCGCUACCUUCCUUCAGAACCAAAGCGCCAAAACGUCCUUUCCGAUGCAGUGGGCUCCGGAGAUGAGUUCACAUCCCUCUUUGUUGCCGCAACCGUGGCCCGUGGCUUCUCAGGCACCUCAUGCAUUGGAGGUCGCCCGUGCCAAGGUGGCCCAGAACCAGGCGGAUCUCCAAGCUGUGCGGCCUCCGCCAGGCUUGGAGCACAUGCUGUCCGCUCCGAAGCCUUGCGUUGUGCCAGUGGGGCGCUUCGGCGACGGAACUGGGAAAGCGCGUCAGAUUUCCAAAUCGUCAAUGUCAACUGCACCCUCGGAAGCAGUGAUCGAAGAAAUGUCAGACUUGGAGGAGAUCGAUUCCAAUUGUUCCAGUCCAAUGACUGCAACGAGAUUUGAUGCACCUUCAGGAAGCGGUGUCAUGCAUCCAGCACUGGCGGUGAGAAGCUUUGAUGCUGCGUUGCGCCAGUUGAUCGAGAGCGUGCCUCGAUUGGCUCGGGACUCGAAAGGAGCUCUUCUACUUGCGCAGCAUGUUUCGGCGAUGGAUGCUCAAGGUUUGGGCCUGCUGAUUGCAGCAUUGCGACCCCAAGUGGUGGAGCUCGGCUGUGACGCCUCGGCCACAGGAGUUGUGCAGCAACUCUUCACCGUUUGCAGUGAUCGGCCCGCGCUGCGGGCGCAACUGACCGAGAGCCUGGGUGGAUCGAUCCUCAAGAUGUCGAAGGACAAACAUGGUUGCGUGGCCAUCCAGCAUGCUUUGGAGAUGGCCCCCCUCGAGAUGCAAUGCUUGAUUGGAUCCGAGCUGAAGGGCAAGGUGUUCUAUUGCAGCCGGCAUAUGCAUGGAAACUUCGUCAUGCAGAAGAUCAUUCAAACCCUACCGCCAUCGGCCCUUACCUUCAUCAUGCUCGAGCUGAAGGAGACGGUGGUGGCAGCAGCGCUUCACAUCUACGCUUGCCGCGUUCUUCAGCGCCUCAUCGAGCACUGUGGUCACCGCCCCGAGCUCCUGUCGCUCCUCGAGGACCUAAUGCUCCCAGGUGAGCAGCUCCAGCGCUUGGUGAAGGAUCCCUACAGCAGCAAUGUGAUCCGCACACUUGUGGUGUGUGGCAGUGUGGAGAAUGCGCGCGUUGUCAUGCGGCUUUUCAGCGAGGAUGUGAUGAAAUAUUCACGCAACCGGCACGCGAGCCUCGUAUUGGAAAAGUGUUUGGAGGUUUCUGCCGGCCCGAAGGCAUCCGAGUUGGCCCAGGACCGUGCGACAUUGAUGACGGCCUUCUUCUCUUCCUCCACGCGGAGCGCAAGCCCUCCUCUCUUGCAAAUCAUGCUGGACCGUUUUGGGAAUUACAUCGUCCAGCGCGUCAUUGAGACCAGCACCGGUGCGGAAAAGGACGAGGUCAAGAGGCUUCUCAUGCUUGCGUGGCCAAAGUUACAGAAUGCUGCCGCUGGGAAGCACAUCUUGUCCGCAGCAAACAAGAAGUUCUCUUUCAAGGUUCAAUGA